AUGCCGUCCUCGCCCGCACGUCGCAGACAGGCACGCAAAGAACGUCGUACAAAGCCGCCACGCCCUUUGAAUGCAUUCUUUCUGUUUCGCGAAGACUUUCGGAAGCGAAAUGGGGAUUUGCGUCAACAGGAAGUCUCGAAAAAGGCAUCUGAAGCAUGGCGUUUGCUACCUGCGAAUGAAAGACAACGUUAUAAACGCUUAGCAGAGAGGCAAGCCAACUUCCACGAAAACACGCCAUUGUAUAAUCAAAACACGCUCAACGAUGGCAACUCAAAUAACCGAACAACCAAUUAUGGCGCGCAGACGUAUUUUAGUUACGGCGUUCCAAACGAAAUUGAAUUUAUAGUUGAGGAGCCUAAUUCAAGUCAGAGCUCCUCUCCUUCGUCCAACCAAACGCCGUAA